AAUUGUUAUAGAGGGGUUUUUAAUUUUUACAUAUUUGAAUUUCCCGCCUUCACUGGGGGCGGCCAUGACCGGUGAACAUCUGACGUCACAUAGUCGGUUUGUUUACAAGACAAAAACACAGGUGUAUUUAUGUAUUUAUGGAUAGAAAAUUAACGUGUUUCCGAUUUAUAUUUUUAAUUGUGAAGCGAUUGUGAAAUGGCAGAAGGCCGGGACAAUCUUGGAAUAAUUCCUUAUGAUUACGAACCGGAGUUUACGCAAGAAGAACUGCAAAAUAUAAGAGAGACAUCGCCGAUCACAAAUCUUGCAACUUUAGAAGAUUGGUGCAGUUGCAAUGCAUGUGAAGAAAUGCCUUCGCCGGAGGAAUGUAUUUGUUGUUGCUCCUCUGAAUAUGUGCAACCGAACAUUGAUGACUUGGAGUGCAUAACUGAACACCCUCAGUUUCAGCUGAUCGUCCUUAAUUCAGACGUUUUGACAGUGGCAUUUAUUCAGAUAUUUAUGUUUCAAGGAAAUGCAGGUCGUGUCCCGGAUAAUUUAACAAAUCAGCAGUCAAGGUUGACAGCCUACAGGCAGUUUGUAUAUUGGAUGCUGAGAAGAGAAAAACUUGGAAAAGGAAAGAGAGUUGUUAUCCCAUCGUGUGUGGUGAAAUGCAUUCGUGAAGCAUUUCCAGAGUCAAAUGGACAUUACACAGGUUUUAGAACAGUAUUUGACAAUAGUUCACAUUUGUUCUAAUAUAUAUAAUUAUGUUUAUUAUGUACAGUGCUACUGUAUUGAUUUUUUAAUUUCA